AUGUCUACUCUACCACCAAGCUCUCCACGACUUCCCAGCCCACCUCCACCCACAGAAAUCCAGAUUGGUCCUAAAUCUCCAUCACUUGGAAGUGCUCCCUCAAAUCAUGAACAAAUGAUUGAGCAAAGUAUUAUAGAAACAAAUGCCAGUCGACGGAUACAUCCUGGAACAAAAGCUGCGGAUAUGGCUGCUGGUCCACCUCUUGUACCACUGAGUGAGCUCGACUCAGCAUUUCAACUACAAGAACAUUUGAAAGCGCUCCAUUACUAUCAUACUAAACCCCCCUCCGAAGACCAUAGCAUACCCAUAACCCGCGAAACCGCCGUCGAAAUAGCCACAACACCGAAUGGACUCGAUCAAGCCCUUUGGCUUUACGAACUUUGCCGUUUCUUAAUCAAUAAAUGUAAUGAUCUUAUAAUCGGAUUCCUCUUCGACGACCCCCCUUGUUCCGCGCAUACAUGUCCGGAAAUGCGCGCUUCUGAAUGGCAAUUUCUUUGCGCGGUACAUGAAUCACCCAAAAGUUGUUGCGCCAUCGAUUAUUGCUGUCAUACAUUAGACUGGGCUACCAACAUCGUAACUAGUCAAAAGAUAUUUCCAAGUCGUUUGAGCAUGGCCGCUGGUGAUGCAAUGGAUGAUAGAGGGGCUGGUGUCAAACACUUAAUUAAUAUCUUCAGACGCUUGCAUCGAAUAUUUGCGCAUGCGUGGUUUCAACAUCGGGGAGUAUUCUGGCAGGUAGAAGGUCAGACGGGACUUUAUGUUUUGUUCAAGACGGUUUGUGAUAUGCAUGAGCUAUUACCACCAGAGAAUUAUAAGUUACCGCCAGAAGCAGAAGGCUUGGAAGAUGUCGAGGACAAACCACCGGUGGUCACGUCAAUUUUGAAGACGCCGGUAGGGGUUGAGGAAGACUUUCUAGGUUUAGGAAGGCAAAAUACGACCAGGAGACAUGCUAGACAAUCGCCUUCAGUGGGGUCAGCGAUUACAACAGUUCAAGAGAUUGAUGAGGAAGAAGGAGAUAUCAGUCAGAGGUUACGGGAUGCACGCAAUUCACGAAUUGCAGAGGAAGAGGGAGAGGACGGAGAGGUGGAAAGUGAUACUAGGAUAGAAAUACCCGUUAUUGUAGAGACCCUUGAGGAAGCGGAUCCGGAACAUGAUACGGAAUCGGAGAAGUCGAAAGAUGGAAUAGCAAGGGAAGAAGAGCCAAGUUCGGAAACGAUUGAAGAAUUGGAGCUGGAGCAGGAAGAUUCAGAGAUGAUCAUCCAUGAUAAUAUCUCGAAAGCAGAUUCGACGGGUUCAUGGGAUAGUAUGUCUGGCGAUUCAGUAGGGGAUAAGACGGAAACGAAACCAGAAAAUGAGGAUGCUAUCGAAGAAAAAGCAGAUACCGUUAUUGAAGAUCCAAUUCCCGAAUCAGAGCCACUGAAUACAGGAAAUAACGGCGAGACAGAAGAAGAGCAAGAAGCACAAGAGCAAAAAGAUAACUCAAGCGACGAUGAUACCACGAUUCUACCCAUAGAAGUCGAAGUCUCCCCCACAAAAGAAUCCCCGACCAAAAAAUCGAAGAAAUCCAAAAAGAAAGGCAAAAAAUCCUCAGCAGCAAAGGAAGCUUCAAAAAUAUCUACGACAACAACAACGACAACAACAACAACCAAUCACAUAAACGAAGAUACGAACACCACGGAGGAAAAGGAAAAGACAUCGGAUCAAGAUGAAGAGAUAGGCACUUGCAAUGGUACUGGCACUGGCUCUGGCACUGGUGCUGGCAUGACGGAUAUGGAUAUGGAUAUGGAUGGACAUGGACAUGGAUAUGGGAUUCCAUGA